AUGCUGUCACCCCUCUUGCCGUCGCUCGUGUUCAUUGGCUUGUCCAGGGCGGUGCUGACGGAAUGGCGUCACCCGCUUCGCCACCUCGAGCAUUCACGGCACUUACGGCCUCCGAUUUCAUGGGUCGCUGAAUCUAUCGAAACUUUCCACGUACUCAUGUUGUCAUGGUUGCCGCCAUCAUUCUGUGCGAGCCAUUGCCACGACUCGGUCCAUGUCCCACCCGCCUCGCCUCGCAGCACUGGGUAG